AUCCGUGCGCCUGAGAGGGACUGGGUCGUUUCCACUUCCGGUGUCGCUAUACCGCCAUGUUGGUGCGGCCGCUGAAAAUAAAAUAUAUAUUUAUUUUUUUCUAAAGUUGCGUUAAAGAUAGAUUAGAAAAAACAAACUCAUUUUCAAUAAAUGUUGAAAACUUAAAGAUUUUUCCUCCUCUGACGCCGAGAUGUCAUUGGUGGAUCUGGGGAAGAGGCUGUUGGAAGCUGCACGAAAAGGACAGGAUGAUGACGUCAGGUCACUUAUGGCCAAUGGAGCCCCCUUCACCACAGACUGGCUGGGGACAUCACCGUUGCACCUUGCUGCUCAGUACGGCCGCUAUUCCACUGCUGAGGUUUUGCUCAGGGCAGGAGUUAGCCGGGAUGCUCGCACAAAGGUGGACAGGACCCCCCUACACAUGGCAGCUGCUGAGGGCCACUCUUCCAUUGUGGAGCUGCUGAUUGGGCAGAGUGGAGCGGACAUCAACGCCAAAGACAUGCUGAAGAUGACGGCGCUGCACUGGGCGGCGGAGCACGGCCACCGCGACGUGGCCGAGCUGCUGGUCAAGUACGGCGCCGACGUCCACGCCCUCAGCAAAUUCGACAAGACGCCUUUCGACAUCGCCAUGGACAGGCACAACGCCGAGCUGGUGGUCUUACUGCAGGAAGGGAUGCAGAACCAGGUGAAUGUGAACCCAGAGAACAACGUGUCAGGCGGCACCAUGGCUACCAUUGCCUCCCCCCAGUUUAUUUUCUCCACUGCUGGGGUGGUCAACCUCUCCGACCUCAUCUCCACCACGGCCAGAUCUACCUCAGGGGAGUCUGUCUCCACCACAUCUGUACUGGCAACACUAGCAGCACUGGCGGAAGCUUCAGGUCCCAUGGCUAAUUCUAAUAGAACAGGGGACUUGGAGGAGGUCACGGCUGCCGAUUCAGUGGACUCAGCCAUCCAGCACAUGGUGGGCGACGGAGGUCAGAGGGUCAUCACCAUAGUGACAGACCAGCACGGCAACCUGCAGUCAGGCGGCCUCGGGCAGCAGUUCUACGUCACCAUGCAGCAUGGGCAGCAAAUGGUCGCCGUGCCAGCCAGCCAGAUCACAGAGGAGGUGGUGGAAGAGGAGAUGCAGCCUCCCCCAGCCCGUAAGAGGAGGCAGGACCCGGCAGCCAACCUCACAGAGCCCAAAGACAAGGAGCCAGUGGAGAAGGACAGCAGGGAGCUGCUGCAGAAGCAGCUGCAGGAGGCCAACCGCAAGGCCCACGAGUACCGGCAGCAGCUGCUGCAGAAGGAGCAGGAGGCCGAGCGGUACCGCCUCCGGCUGGAGGCCAUCGCCCACGGCCAGACCAACGGCGCCAGCCCCGCGGAGGAGAGCCACGGGGAGGAGGUGGUGCAGGAGGAGGAGGAGCCUGCGGAGCAGGACGAGCUGGUGGGAGAGGAGGUGGUGCUGUCGGAAGGAGCCAUCAUCAUCAAGGCCGCAGAACUGGACCCCUCGGAGGAGGAGGAGGUGACGCUGGUGGAGACGGUGGAGGCCUCGUGUGCUCACACGGAGGUCACUUUGUAACAACCGACACUCAAAUGGACAAGACGCACAGCCCGUUCCAGCCGCCAAGGGUCCUCCGUUUCAUUUGUUAUUCUCGCAUUGUUUUUGUACAGUUAUUUUACAGUCCCUUUUUAUGUACAUAUGAAGAAGCCAUGGAACAGCAGCCAGGGAAUCUGCAUUACAGAUCUGGACCAGGAUGCCUGACAAGCUUUGCCUGAGAAGACUGAGUAAUGGACAGCACUAAGACUUCAUUGCCACGCUGGACAGUCCAGGUCUCAUACUGCUACCCUCUGCUCAUUGUUCCCUCUUUCCUGCAUUGCCUUAUGAAGGCUUCUGCCUUCUGCCGUUCUGUCUACUUUGUUUCCCUUUUAAAGGGGACUUUGGUGUGGGGUGAAUAGCAUCCGUGUCUCGGUAUGAAUUAACAUAAAAACCAUUAUUGUCAAAGAUUUGACAGGGAUAUUGAGGAAAAAAACGCUCUCCAGGGCAGAGUGAGUUUGCUUAAGACUGAGUAGUUUUAGUGGGGGUUUCAGCAGUGAGGCUCCACCUCAGUCUAAGCAUACACAGCCCCCACAGUGCCGAAUCCUUUUUCCUCAUGGUUCGAUGCUUACUUCAUUGUGACUUUGAGAAUCUGUAAAUCACUGAUCAGUACAUGUACUUUUCAGUGUCAGGUUGUCAGCAUUUCCUCUGUGGUGCAGAACUCUAAACCAAAAUCCUGUGCAAAAGAAGCCUGCAAUCUCAGUGGCUGUGGACUCACAAGCUCCUAAUAAUCAGUUUCUCUCCCCCCCCCCCCCAAACUGGCUAGUGGAGGUGGUUACGUCACCUCUUUGUGACUUGCAGCUUCAGGAAUGGCAACACCUUAAUUUCUCUGUUACUUUGGAUUCUGUAGUGCAGCGGGUGUGUACCUACCAGCUCUUUGAACCUGCAGCUACUGGCUUCCAAACCCGUCCUCUGUCAUCGUGCACAGCAUGCCUGACGCAUGUCCCAGUGCCCUCUGCUCGCGGCCUUUCCUCCCGCAUGCGCUGCACGCUGGGCCUGUGAUGCGGCUCCCUGCUUCCCGAGCCAGGGUUGUGCAAGCGGGUCGUCAUGGAUACACUACAGUAUUGCUGAACAGCCUUGAGCCUGGUCGUAGUUCAGGAAGCAGAAAUGGCGAGCGUGGUAGCUGCAGUUUUUUCCGUACCGUGGAUGCCACCGACCGUUAUCAGUCAGAGGAGCCAUCUUAAGAGUUUUAUUUGCUUCAUCCCCAGUUCAUUCGUUGCAUAAAUGAACCCUAAGUGGCCAUCUGAUAAUAUGAUAAUGAUAAUAUCCAACUGAACGUUGUGCAGAAGAAAGUGGCCUACUUAUUAUAGUAGGUGGUAUGCUGCCUACUACUGAUGAGUCAGUGUAGGAACUAAGCAACCCAGUGCUGGUCUCAGAUAAAAUUAUAAACGGCUUGUAGUGUAAAUGGGGUUUUUACAGAAACCUUUUUGUAAUUUCUACAAACCUUAAUUUUUACGCACAUACUAUUAAGCAUUUUUACAGUGUAUGUACUUGUGAUUUGGAUGUUUGAUUCCACAAAAUAGGCGAAAUUGUCUUCAGGUUUCACAGUAAAUGCUGAUAGAUAGCUUGUUAAAUGAAACUGAUUAAUAGGUGAAAUUGGUGCAUAAAACCUUCUGGCUUCUGUCUGUAUAUCUGCGUAAUCUGUUCAUUGACAACUGACCAUAGAAGGCAUCCUCACAAACAUCUUUGGUUUGUAAUAUGUGUCAAUGUGCAUGUGUUGAAAAAUACUUUUAGUGACCAACAUGUCUGCUCACAGAGUUUCUGAAUACUAUGUAUUGGGGUUGCUUUUUAUGAACUCAACCAGCAGGUGGCACUGCACUUAAGGAGAUGCAUCGAGUUGACAAACACAAUCUAUAAUUUACCCAGUAUUUUAUUCCAUGUCUUCAGUCUGCUCUCUGAACAAUUAAAAUGAUCAAUUUUUUAAAAAGGUUUAGUAGUCCUGUUGAAGUUCAAUAAAAAGCAUUUAAAAUGCCUGUAAUCAACAAGGGAAAUUUUCGUAAUUAAUUUUUUCCUAGCCGGUGCUAUCACCCACCAAAUAACUGGUACUCAUUGUUACCAUCCCAUGCUCUGUAAUAUUGCCUAUCAAGACAAAGCUGUCUGAUCUUUUGUUCAGUAUCAGGAUUGCUCUUAUGAGGAGAUGGCAACAGUAAAGCACAUUCUGAUGUGAAAGGCAGUUUGUGGGGCAUGCUGAAACCUGUUACUGUUUGGCAAUAGUUUGGUCUUCAGUGUUACAGUUCACAUGGCCCUGGCUCUUGUCAAUAGGCAGUAAUUAUGGCUUGUCUAAUUAUAGUUUAUUCUGGGAGGAGAGCUGUUCCAUAAUUGUGGGCCAACGGGUCUUUCCAAUGCAUUGGAUGUCUAGAGGCAAUUUCUUUGUGAAAUCAUUUUUAUACCAUUGAUCCUUUCAGGAGUUGCAAGAGUAUUUGUUAGGCUGCUGUUUUGCAAUGUAAAAUAGCCUAUGUGAGAAAUAAGGGACUGAGUUCUGUUCUUCUUUUUGUAUGUAAUGAUCCUGUCAGGGGUUGUCUUCCUUACAUUUUUACGAACCAAGAAACAAUGAAAACAUUAAUAAAUGACCCAGUUGUUUGUGGGAGAAAAAGAAAAAAAAAGUGUAAAAUUGUUUAUGAAUUGUUUCUUUUUUUAAAGAAAAAUACAGAUGAAAUAUUUUUCAUUCCAAUAAAUAUGCACUCAUUCACAAGAAAAA